CACAUACGCGCGCGCACACACACACACAUGCACACAAACACAAAUUUGCAUUGAUACUGCAAAUGAGCAGAUAUGAGAAGGUGCCGAGUGGCUGAUAAAGGGGACCAACAAGUGAGUGAGAAACAGGAAGGUGCAUGUAUAUGUGUGUGUGCGUGCGUACCUCAGCAGCUUCUCGACACCACAAGUUGGAGGCACAGAAAAAGUGGCUGUUCAUCAACUCUCACAUUAAGUGUAUAUCUGUGUCAUUUUUAUUUGCGUCCUUGGGUGUAUGCGUGCUCGUGAGCAAUAAUUCAAUCGAUUGAUGGAUCUUCAACACCGAGAGGAUUUCUCCACUAGGAACCCUCAGGAUGACUUUGAAAUCCUGCUGAAGGUCGGAUGGGGAACCUAUGGUGACGUUUACAAGGCACGUAAUAAGCAGACCGGGGACCUGGCAGCUAUUAAGAUUAUUAAAACCGAACCAGAGGAUGACUUUUCUACCAUCCAGCAAGAAAUACUCAUUGUGAGGAGCUGCAAACAUGCCAACAUUGUGGCUUAUUACGGAAGCUACAUACGGGUCAACAAACUGUGGAUCUGCAUGGAGUUCUGUGGCGGAGGCUCCCUGCAGGACGCCUACAGCGCGACCGGUCCUCUGUCAGAAGCACAGAUUGCGUACGUCUGCCGAGAGAUGCUUCAGGGUGUGGACUACCUUCAUGCACAGCGGAAAAUGCACAGAGAUAUCAAGGGUGCUAACAUCCUCCUCACCGACCAUGGCGAGGUGAAGUUGGCCGACUUUGGAAUCUCUGCCCAAAUCACGGCUACGCUGGCUCGUCGGAUGUCCUUCAUUGGGACGCCAUACUGGAUGGCGCCAGAGGUGGCAGCGGUGGAAAUCAAAGGCGGUUACAACGAGCUGUGCGAUAUCUGGUCGGUGGGCAUCACCGCCAUUGAGCUGGCAGAGCUGCAGCCACCCAUGUUUGAGCUCCACCCACUACGUGUCCUGUUUCUUAUGUCCAAGAGUGGCUACCAGCCUCCCAAAUUGAAGGACAAGGCAAAAUGGUCGUCCAUGUUCUACAACUUUGUGAAGGCUGUGCUGGUGAAGAACCCCAAGAAGAGACCGAGCGCCUCCAAGAUGCUCUCACACAUGUUUCUGAGCCAGCAGAGCCUGAGCCGAGCGCUGACUCUGGACCUGCUGGAGAAGUGUCGACACCCUGAGAAUUUCUGCCCAGCAAAUGAUGAUGACGAAAUGGAGGUGAGUGUGCCCGGAUCUUUGAAGAGGAUCCAGUCUAUCAGCAAACACAACUGGGUAGAGAGGAAACACUCAGACACCAAGUUGGAGCACAUCUACUCUCAGAGGCCUCUUAAGAAAGAAUCAGCAAAUACAACUAUGCAUUCAGGAAGCUCACAUGGCAUCAACACACAUCCACUGAGGGAGAAGGACUCAGAUUCUUCAGAUGACGACUAUGAUGAUGUGGAUGCUGUCACAAUGCCAGCGGACCAAACGCCACCUCCACUUCCUCCCAGGCCCAAAGUGCGUUCGAGCUCAGAGGAAGUAAUUUGGGUAGAAGACGAUGGUGCUGUAAAACUCUCUUCACUGUGCGUCCCCUCACCCCUCGUCAGGACGUCGAGUGGGACACACGUCAAAGCAGCUCCACACCGGAGACUCACCAGAAACUCGGACCGUAUGUCCUUUCCGUUGUUAGGCCAACAGGUGGCGCCCUUACCUCCUGAGCUGCCUCCGAAAAGACACCAGCAACCUUCGUCACAGAUCUACUUUAAGAAGAUUUUCCAAGGCUGUCCUCUCAAAGUAACGUGCACCACCACCUGGGAACACCCAGAAACCAAAGAGCAGCACCUGGUUGUGGGCACAGAGGAGGGUAUCUACACAAUCAAACUCAAUAGCUCAGAGGCCACCAUGGAGCUGUUGUAUCCUGGCAAGUGCACCUGGGUCUACAGCUGCCACAAUAUACUCAUGUCCGUAUCAGGUAAAUCCUCACAGCUUCACUCCCAUUCACUGAAAGAACUUUACGAGCAGGCUCGCAGGGACCAAAGGAUGGUGGCUCUGCCCACUCAUCGUCUGUUGCCGCGGAGAUGUGCAGUGACGUGUAAAAUUGCUGACACCAAAGGAUGCAGGACGUGUUCCGUCGCGGACAACUUCCUGUGCUGUGCGCUGGAGUCUAGUGUGGUGCUGCUGCAGUGGUACGAGCCAAUGAACAAGUUCAUGCUGAUCAAGCAUUUUGACUUCCCCCUCACCAACGCGCUGCGGGUGUUUGAGACAGUGCUGGACCCCCAGCAGGAGUACCCACUGGUCUGCAUUGGUGUCUCUCGGGGGUCCGGUGACACACUGCCUGUUGCUUUGGAGUACAUCGACCUCAACUCGAACACUUCCUGGUUCACGUGCACUGACACGGAUCAACGCUACCCAGAUACCAUGCAAGUCAACCAGUUGGACAGCAACUCGCUGCUGGUCCUAUUCGAAGGAGCAGCACACAUCGUAAAUUUGGAGGGGGCACUAAAGAGCGGCCAGCCUCACAAGACCACCUUCUCACACAAUGUGGAAUCUGUAGUGUAUUUGGAGGACACAUUUUUAGCGGUGUGGCGUCACGGCUGGUUAAGGACAAAAAAAGGCAAAGUGUUAGAGGAGAACACCGACCCCAAGAAAAUGUUCCGGCUGGUACAAUCUGACAGGAUGGUUGUCAUGGAGACGCACCAGACCAAGGACCCCUCGGGGCUGUCCAACCUGUACUUGCUGGAGAUUGCUGAGAAAUACGUCAUGCUUCCCUGAUGGCCCGUGAGCAAAGCACUAUGGGAUACGUGGCGUUUCCCUGCAGCAUUCAUAAGAUACGGGAGCCUUGCCCUCACUUGGUGAAACUGGUUUCAGUGGGAUCCAGUCACUAUAUUGUCAGUCAGUGGUGCAAUGACCUGUGUGGCACUGCCAUGUAUUAAAGUAACUUAAAGUCUCCACAAAGUGACUUGUCCAGUAAUAUGUCAUUGUUUUAUAAAUAAAUAAAUAAAUUAUAAGAUUCAAUAUUCCAAAAGUUUUAUUGUUUUGAAGAGUCAAGUAAAAGCUAUAAGAAUUUAUAAAAGAAUAAAACCGUGCAAAUAUUUGA